CACCGCCCUGCCCCUCCUUCCCUCCCUGUGAGCUCAGAGCUCUGGGACGAAGUGCCUGGGACAAGGACAGAGGCCUGAGAGUAGCCAUGGGCUCUGGAGGAGCCGGCCUCCUGGGGGCCUGGGGGCCCCUGCCCGUCCUGCUUCUGUUCAGCUCCGGAGGCAUGGCUCAGGACUCCCCACCCCGGAUCCUAGUCCACCCCCAGGACCAGCUGUUUCAGGGCCCUGGCCCUGCCAGGAUGAGCUGCCAGGCCUCAGGCCAGCCGCCUCCCACCAUCCGCUGGCUGCUGAAUGGGCAGCCCCUGAGUAUGGUGCCUCCAGACAUCCACCACCUCCUCCCUGAUGGAACCCUCCUGCUGCUGCGGCCCCCUGCCCAGGGACAUGCCCACAACGACCAGGUCCUAUCCACAGACCUGGGUGUCUACACUUGUGAGGCCAGCAACCGGCUGGGCACGGCAGUCAGCCGAGGUGCUCUGCUGUCAGUGGCUGUCCUUUGGGAGGAUUUCCAGAUUCAGCCUCGGGACACAGUGGCCACCGUGGGCGAGCCAGUGAUUCUGAAGUGUGGGCCCCCCAGGGGCCACCCAGAGCCCACGGUCUCGUGGUGGAAGGAUGGGAAACCCCUGGUCCCUCAGCCAGGGCGGCACAUGGUGUCCAGGGGCUCCCUGAUGCUGGCAAGAGCAGAGAAGAGCGACGCAGGGACGUACCUGUGUGUGGCCACCAACAGCGCAGGACGACGAGAGAGCCGGGCAGCAAGGGUGUCUGUCCAGGAGCCCCAGGACCACAAGGAGCUUCUGGCUGUGCACAUUCAUCUGGAAAACGUGACCUUGCUGAACCCUGAAGCCACAAAGGGCACCAAGCCUGGACCUGCUGUGUGGCUCAGCUGGAAGGUGAGCGGCCCUGCCGCACCUGCUCAGUCCUACACAGCCUUGUUCAGGACCCAGACUCUCCCAGGAGGGCAGGGAGCUCCGUGGGCAGAGGCCCUGCUGGGUGGCUGGCAGAGUGCAGAGCUUGGGGGCCUCCGCUGGGGCCAAGACUACGAGUUCAAAGUGAGACCAUCCUCUGGCCGGGCUCAAGGCCCUGACAGCAACGUGCUACUCCUGAGGCUGCCCGAACGAGUGCCCAGCGCCCCUCCCCAGGGAGUGACCCUAAAACCUGGCAAUGGCAGCGUCCUUGUGAGCUGGGUUCCACCACCUGCUGAAAACCACAAUGGCAUCAUCCGCAGCUACCAGGUCUGGAGCCUGGGCAACACCUCCUUGCCUCUGACCAACUGGACCGUGGCUGGUGAACAGACCCAGCUGGAGAUCGCCACCCAAAUGCCAGGUUCCUACUGCGUACAAGUGGCUGCCGUCACUAGUGCUGGGGCCGGGCAGCCCAGCAGCCCCAUCUGCCUCCUGUUAGAGCAGACCAUGGAGCGAGCCACCCGAGAACCCAGUGACCGUGGUCCAUGGACUGCUGAGCAGCUGAAGACUGCCUUGAGGCGGCCCGAAAUCAUUGCCAGUGGAGGUGUUAUGUUCUGGCUGCUGCUGGUGGGCACCGCUGUGUGUAUCCGCCGCCGGCGCAGAGCUGGAGUGCACCUAGGCCCAGGUCUGUACAGAUACACCAGUGAGGACGCCAUCCUAAAACACAGGAUGGAUCACAGUGACUCCCCCUGGCUGGCAGACACCUGGCGCUGCACCGCUGGCUCCCGCGACCUGAGCAGUAGCAGCAGCCUCAGCAGCCGGCUGGGAGCGGACCCCCGGGACCCCCUAGACUGUCGUCGCUCCUUGAUCUCCUGGGAUCCCCGAAGCCCUGGUGUGCCCCUGCUUCCCGACACCAGCACCUUUUAUGGCUCCCUCAUUGCUGAGAUGCCUUCCAGCCCCCCAGCCCGGCCAAGCCCCCAAGUCCCAGCUGUCAGGCGCCUCCCACCCCAGCUGGCCCAGCUCUCCAGCCCCUGGACCAGCUCAGACAGCCUCUGCAGCUGCAGGGGACUCUCUUCCCCUCGCUUGUCUCUGGCCCCUGCAGAGGCUUGGAAGGCCAAAAAGAAGCAGGAGCUGCACCAGGCCAACAGCUCCCCACUGCUCCAGGCCAGCCCCCCCAUGGAGCUCUGGGCCUGGGAGUUGGGGAAUCGAGGCUCCAAGAACACUUCCCAAAGCCCAGGCUGUUGUUUCCCAGGAGCUGGGCCCCGGGCUCUGGUUGCCUGGCGGGCCCUGGGACCACAGCUCCUCGGCUCCUCCAAUGAGCUGGUUAUGCACCCUCUGCCUCCAGCACCCACUGUUCCACGUGGAGCCCCCACUCCGAAUCAACAGACCCAGCUCUCGGUGGAGCCGCAAGCUCCCCCCUCCCCUCCACUACCAGCAGCCCCUCUCUCCAUCUGUGUCGCCUCCAGUCCCCCCAGCCCCUCCAGCCCCCAGGCCUCUUCCCUCUCUGGUCCCAGCCCAGCUUCCAGUCGCCUGUCCAGCUCCUCAUUGUCAUCCCUGGGGGAGGAUCAGGACAGUGUGCUGACUCCCGAGGAGGUGGCUCUGUGCCUGGAGCUCAGCGAGGGGGAGGAGACCCCCAGGAACAGCGUCUCUCCUGUGCCAAGGGCCCCUUCACCCCCCAUCACCUAUGGGUACAUCAGCAUCCCGACAGCCUCGGAGCUAGCGGACGUGGGCAGGGCUGGAGGAUGUGUGGGGUCCGAGACGAGGGGCUUGUUGUGCCCCCCUCGAUCCUGCCCCACCCCCACCCCCAGCGAGGGCUCCUUGGCCAAUGGCUGGGGCUCAGCCUCCGAGGACAAUGCCCCCAGUGCCAGAGCCAGCCUCGUCAGCUCCUCUGACGGCUCCUUCCUCGCGGAUGCCCACUUCGCCCGGGCCCUGGCAAUGGCUGUGGACAGCUUUGGCUUGGGUCUGGAGCCCCGGGAGGCAGACUGCGUCUUCACAGAUGCCUCCUCACCUCCCUCACCCCGGGAUGACCUCUUCCUGACCUCCACCUUCUCCCUGCCUCUGUGGGAGUGGAGGUCAGGCUGGUUGGAGGACAUGGAGAACAAUCACACCCAGCGGCUGGGGAGGGGGCUGCCUCCCUGGCCCCCCGACUCUCAGAUCUCUUCCCAGAGAAGUCAGCACAGCUGUCCUGGGCCCAAGGCUGGCAACGCCUCCUGAAGUGUGCCUGAGACUGCCAACCAGACACUCGGAAGCCCCUCCCAUCAGCCACCAGCCUGGAGUGUGGGUCUUGGCCGACACUGCCCUGGAGUGGGGGCCACCUUGCCGGCCUCCAGGGACCUCUCCCUCCAGGAUUGUGAAAACAAGUGAAAGCAAAAAACAAAAUAAGAGCAAAGAAGACCCGGAGCACUUGGGGAGCAAGAGCCGUCACCUGACUCCGAGCCUGGCUGUGUCCUCUGUCCCGCCCACCCCCACCACCAGGUCCUUUUGGCCUAAAGCAGCCCUCUGCCCUGAGCUCCCUGCCCCCUGGGUCACAGGAAGUGGGGGAACCAGCGGGCUUCCUGGAGGACAAAAGCGGCUAGAGGGAGAGGGCGGUGGGCGAAGGGGCCUCACAGCUCCUCCUCUGAGGAGGGGACCGUUCCUACAGAGGUGGCUCAGCUCUCUCCACAAGCAGAUCACCAGGGAAAAGGACAUAAAGAGGACAGCCAGGCCGUGAGGCCCCACCUCCAGGGCAAGGCUUCUAGACCCAUCUAGGGAGGACGCUGAAGGCAGGGAGGUGUGAAAAUGUGGGACAAAACACCCUCUUCCACCUGUUGUCUCUAUGAGCUUAAGGAAUGGAUGCUAUAAAACUGUGUUAACUCAA